CCCAUCUUUCCCUCGUAGAUCAGCUAAUCUGAAAAUUUCUCCAGCAGGCCCAUCAAGAGGCCAAUCGCAGUCUACAACUAGCUGUCCCAUAGCGCCGGUCACAUCUGUAGAAACCCCGUCUCGAUCAUUCUCAUCUAACAGAUUCCUCCUCGCUCCGAUCUCCAGCUUUUGCUGAUAAUCUCACCCCCCUUCAACACCAACAACCCUUUCCCCGGGGAACUUGCCGCUAAUAAAUCCCGACGAUCUCAACUCAACUCAACCAAAGAAAUCUUCUAUCUGAAUAAGAUCAAAGCUCACUCCUCAACCAAUCAUUGCUUUUCAAUUUCCUUUGUCUUCAGUUUUUCCAUUCACAGUGCGAAAUUCCAGAAUGGCUGAGAGCUCAGGAAUGAGGGCCCAGCCAUGGCUAACCUCCAUGAUCACUCUAGUCAUACUUGUGAUUGUGACAGAUUCGAGCUUGGCCAAACCACGGCACGACCCUGGAUCUGUGCUAAACAAGCUGCACACUAGGGGUCUUACUGCUAGAGCCGACUCCGUUCCAGUGUAUACUACCUGCAACACACCUGGAUCAUUCUCACUCACUUUCGAUGAUGGGCCGUCGGAGUUCAGUUCAAACUUGGAUGCCACCUUAGAUAACUCGAAUUCCAAAGCCAGUUUCUUCAUCAACGGGAAUAAUUUCGGCUGCAUCUAUGAUCAUGCAGGGCCUCUACUUGACAGAUUCAAGAAUGGCCACUUGAUUGCGAGCCAUACUUGGUCCCACGUUCAUCUAAACCAAGGCACGUACGAACAAAUCGCCUAUCAACUCGAAUUGAUCGAGAAUGCUAUGAUAAAAAUACUAGGUGUCAAACCCCUGUAUUUUAGACCUCCGUAUGGAGAAUACAAUGAAGUUGUGCUGCAGGUAUUGCGAGACAGGGGAUAUAGAGGCUUGAUUCUAUGGUCGCAAGAUUCAGGCGACAGCUUGGGUGCCCCUCCGAGCUCCUCCGAAAUAAUCGAAAGCUAUCGCUCUUACCCCGACCAAACCAACGUCUUGAAUCACGAAACCAAGUCGUUUACUGUCAAUGACGUUAUGCCUAAUGUGAUCCCGAUUCUGAAAGACAGAGGAUUCAAUUUACAAACGGUGCCUGCUUGCUUAAAUCUAGGUUCGAAUCCAAGUGAUUGGUAUGUCUCGGUACAACAACCAGGAUCCAGGGAUGAAACUUGGACUUGUAAUGGCACCCCAUCGCCGGGCAACUUUGAGUGAAAUACUUGGGCCCUGUUCUAUGCUGUGGUAAUCGCUGUAACAACAUCAAAAAUAUCUGCCCAUUAUCAGAUCAUGGCCAACCAAUGUAAUCACCCUGAUUUCAUUCUG